AUGAACUUUGCCCGUCUCUCGCCUACGUAUCGGCAUGGAUCCCAGCAGGAUGCUUCCGCCGUCGUCGAAACAACUGGGGAAAAGCUCUUCGAUCAGACUAUCCUGCUAUCUCUGCCAUCAUUGGCAAUGUGCCCCAAUACAUCCGGCGCUGCCAACGUCGUCCCUGCCGAGGGCAACGAGCUCUCGGAGAGCAGUAACGCCGCUCUCGAGCCCCAAGCGCUUCGUCAGAUCUCCAGCGGCUCUGUGUACAGCGUCUUCUCCAACCCAACGAAAAGAUGGAUAAUCGCCAUGGCCUCCUUUGCCGGCUUCGUAUCCCCUAUGACAGCCAACAUUUACUUUCCUGCCCUAAACUCCAUCGCCAAAGAUCUCGAUGUCUCUGUCCAUCUCAUCAACUUGACCCUAACAACCUACAUGAUAUUCCAGGCCAUUGCCCCUACGCUGGUUGGUGACUUUGGGGACAUGGCUGGAAGGAGACCGGCUUUGUUCGCUGAAAGGGGAAAGUAUAUGGGCUUUGUUGGCGCCGGCAUCAAUAUUGGGCCUGCUCUGAGUCCUGUUUUGGGCGGUAUAUUGGCUGAGUACUUGGGCUGGCGAGCUAUAUUCUGGUUUUGUCUCAUCUAUGCGGCUGUGUGGUUGAUUCCAUAUGCUUUGGCCGUGCCUGAGACGUGUCGGAAUGUCGUCGGCAAUGGUUCGAUCCCAGCCCGGGGUUGGAAUAUGACACUCAUUGAUCUCUUCCGUCGCCAUAGAGACAAGGAGUCUCAGACGAUCGAGGCUGGCGUCCCAAAACGCAAACUACGGUUUCCAAAUCCAGUUCAUUCCCUCCGGGUUGUUUUCGAAAAGGAGCUUGCAUUGCUCCUCAUGUAUAAUACCCUCAUCUACCUCGUCUUCAUACUCAUUGCUGCCACCGUAUCUACCACCUUCGCCGAUAUCUACCAUCUUAACGACCUCGAGCUCGGUCUUUGCUAUUUACCAUAUGGUUUUGGCUGCUGCGUGGCUGCUAUUGUACAGGGAUACAUCUUAGACUACAACUAUCGCAGGAUAGCCCGCAAGAUUGGUUUUACCAUUGACUACAAGCGCGGCGAUGACCUAAGCAAGUUCCCUAUUGAGAAGGCCCGCCUCAUGCCAGUCUACCCUAUUUUAUCUGCUGGCAUCAUUGCCGUUAUCUGCUACGGUUGGGUUCUACAGUUUGAAACGAAUUUGGCAGGACCUCUUGUCCUGCUUUUCGUAGUCGGCCUCUGUGUCACAGGAUCUUUUUCCAUUCUCAACACACUCGUUGUCGACCUUUACCCCGAGGCCCCAGCAACAGCUGUGGCUGCCAACAACUUGGUGCGCUGUUUGUUUGGUGCAGCGGGAACUGCCUUUAUCGAGUCCAUGCUUCAGGCGAUGGGCAGGGGCUGGACUUACACCUUUUGGGCACUUAUCUUGGUCAUCUUUUCGCCAACACUUUGGGUUUUGUCAGUAUGGGGACCCGAAUGGCGAGAAGAAAGGAGGGUUCGGAAACUCAAGGCUAAGGAGCAGGAGACCAAGGGAAAGCAAGCAGCGGAAGGGAGUUAA